AUGUCAGACUACAAACCCACAGAGUACGAAGACCAAGACUCAACCGAGGAACGGCCUGCACCCCCGACUAAACGCAGAAAAUACACCGCUGUAGCCUGUGAUGAAUGCAGGCGGCGUAAACUGAAGUGUGUCCCGGGCCAGACCGACGAUUGCUGCCGGAGGUGUGCGUCCAAAGGGCUGGCCACAUGCAGCUACAAAGCUCUCCGUCAUGACUUUGUAGAUAGAUCUACGUGUGGGAACGAUGUAGUGGCGGCACUGAGUCAAGAUGUAAAGAUUCUGAAGGAUACAAUGAAUGAGUGGAUGGCAGUAGUCAGACAACUCACCACGAAUGGAGCUGCCGAACUUCCUCGGCGUCCCUCCGGAGCUGACCCAACAUCCGAUAACUUCCUGCCACGAGAAGCCCAUGUCCUCGUUUCGCCACAAGGCAUAUCUUGCUCCGAAGCAUUACCGUCUACCUCAGUGACCAAUACUAUAGUGACUCGCGAAACUACCUCAACGCAUGUUGAUCAAAAUGUACCAGAGAAGCCUCAGUUUAUUGGUCUCACUAGAUCUGUCCACGGUGUUGAAGUAGGCGAACAGGUGGAAUUCCCGCAAGUCGAAUUGCCUCCUCCUACCGGACAGCAGUUCCGUUCUUUGUCUCCCAAAGAGCCAGAUCAGUAUUUUGAUGAAGAUUUCUGGAAAGGCUGUAACCCUUCCGAGUUUGCACGCUUAAUUUGCGUCUUCCAGGAAGAAGUGGAAUCAGUAUAUCCAUGCCUGGACACGAAUUAUCUCAUCUCCAACGCGCCUGAGGUCAUCAGGUUAGGCCAGUUACCUAAGGACGCUACUCAAAACAUCACUGACAGGCAGGAUUCGUGCAUCGGCUUAAAGGAUUUACAGCUUGCCAAAAUUGCUAUUGCUACAGCAAUGGUAAUCGAAGGACAUGGGAAGAGUGAUAACAGCACAGCAAUGGUUAUCUCGGUCGAACGGAGCGUCAUGAGCAUUCUGCAACCAAGUUCCGGCCUGAAGGACUUGCAGUUGCUUAUUCUUCUAAGUAUAUACUACUUUCAUAUCGACGAGGAUCUACUCGCUUGGCGAAUCAUAGGCCACGCCUGUCGUGAAGCACUUGUCCUAGGCCUGCAUCGGCGAAUCACGCUAUUCGAAACGUUUCCUAUUAAAGAGCACCGCGAUUUGGCUGUGAGAGUCUUCUGGACCAUCUAUGUGCUUGACCGGCGCUGGAGCUUUGGCACCAACCUGUCAUUUGCAUUGGUGGAUCGUGAUAUUGACGUGGAACUGCCAGAGCCGGGCCAGGAUUGUGCAUACCUCCAAUGCAUGGUCGGAUAUGGACGCCUAUGUUCGACUAUGUGGGAUGCACUGAUGCCCUUUGGGUUCCAUGCCAAUGAGAAUCCCGAAGAAAAAACAACAGAACUUGACACAAAGACCCAAGAAUGGCUAGAGUCAAUCCCUGUGCAACUCCGACUCUGUCACCCGCGGCUCGGUCUGGCUACCCGGGCACAGCCUCCCGUCUUGCACAGAUUGCGGGCCUUGCUCUACUUAAGAGGCAACCAUUUUCGCAUACUGAUAUACCGAUACUAUCUCCUUGGGCCAAAUCGGAUCAGGAACUCGUAUCGCAACGCAUGGUUAGCUGUCGAAAUUGCGCAAGACAGCAUCCAAGUGCUAGUCCAUCUCAACGAUUCCUCGGAUAUUUACCGACGUCAGCAGGCCGCUUUCAAUUACUUCUUGCUUAGCGCCCUGGCUAUUCUUUUCCUAGCCGUUUGUAACGACCCCGAAACCUUUGCAGCACCGUCCAAAGCCGGGGGAGUCGCAGACUUUGGAGCAGCGUCAGAGGCAUCAUCCCCCGGCUUCGUCGGCUUGAGAGUCGCAGAACUGAGGAUGUCGCCCAACAGGAUGUAG